CCUGCUGCUACUACAGCCUCCCCAAGAAUGCCACUUUUCUGCUCAACAAUGCUUUGGCUAAUCCCCUUCCACCGCAUUGCAGCUUUUCCGCCGUCAGAAAGGCUCUUUCAACGAUCCAUUGAGUCUACGGACAAAAGAGCCCUCAGGUCUAACCCUAAACAAAAUCUCCUUCAGGUUCAGUCGCCUCACGCGAAAUCCGGGAAAGUAAUCGUUUUGAGAGUUCUCAAAGGCAUCACUUAGGCCUGUUUUGAAUUUGGAAUAAUACGGCAGUUAAAGGCUGAGCCUAAAACGAGGAUCUGCCCGCCGGACGGAUGACAAGCUCCGCCGGGGCCCAUGAAGCCGGCCUCCGGCAGCAGCAGCAGCCUCGCCAUUCCGCGGACGCCCGUGUGUGUGCCGGCGGCCGGCAGCAGCAUCGUCAUUCCGUGGCAGACGGUGUGUCUGUCGGCGGCCCAGGCCCGGGGGUCACGAUGAUGCUGAUCGCCCUGCUCUGCGCAGCGCCGAUCGCACCGUGCUUUGCGGUACUCGGUGGCUGUCCCGCUUUGGACCAGGUGCAUGUGCAUGUGGAUGGGCAGACGUCAGGUUGCUGCGGCGGUGCUAACACCCCAUGUGGAUCAUUGGAGCUAGGCCUCUCAAUGCUGCCCCCAUCAGGCGGCUCCCUCCUGCUCUCACCGGGCACCCAUCGCCCUCCCUCUGCUGGCCUGUCUCUGGGCGGCCGAUCCAUCUCAAUCCUCGCUGCUCCUCCUCCUUCUACCACCCCCUCCUCCCCCCCUGCACUUCUUUCUGCUCUCCCUGCUUCUUCUCCUCCUCCCGCCGUUCCGACCAUUGACUGCACGGGGGGAGCGUGUCUCUCAGCCGUCUGCUUUCCAGCCACCGCUGCGCUGCCAUGUGGCACCGCAGAACUGGUCCUUGCAGGAGUAGCCGUUCAGAACGGCCAGGUAGGAGCGCCACGUGGCGGCUGCCUAUUGAUCGAGAACCAGGCCGUCCACGUCAGCAACAGCACCUUCACUGGCUGCUCUGCUGUCAACUACGGCGGGGCGAUUUCCGUCUCCAACGCGCCACGUGUCUCGCUCUCACGCGUCCAUGUCAGCACCUCAUCUGUUUUCUCUCGAAUAGGAGGCGGUGGGGGUGUGGCUUUACGAAACGCCACAACGGGUGGGUGCAUGGUAGACAACGCCUCUCCCUCCCUCACCGUCUCCUCCUCCUCCUUCCUCUCCUGCGUCGCCAACAACCCUCUUAUAGACCCAUUCUUAAACUCCCAGCGGGCGGCUGCCAUUCACGCCAACCGCACCGCCACCCUCACCAUCUCCCUCUCCCACUUCACCAACGGGAGGUCGAGAUUCCUCGGCAACACGGCCUCUUUCCGGAUGGCCGGUGCAGUGCUCUUUGUGAGUGGCCGGGGCGGUACGCUGGAGGACUGUGAGUUUGACGGCAACUCAGUGCAGCUCAACGGGGGGGCGCUAGCAGUGGAUGGGGGCGAUAGGAGCAUCACCAUCACUCGCACUGUCUUUGUCAACAACGUUGCGAACUCAGGGGACGGGGGCGCGGUGUUUGUGAACCAGGGCACCAAGGGAGCGGUCCGUAUUUUGGACUCCCACUUUGCCAACAACUCCGCUCCGCUGUCCAAGGGAGGGGCUGUCUCCUUCUCAGGAGACGUCCUCGCUAUAGACAACUCCAGCUUCGUUAACAACUCCGCCCUAGUAAAGGGCGGUGCAAUAGCAGUGGACCGUGCCAGCACCACCGCUCUGUACCCAAUCGCACUCUCUCAUCUUCAUUUCCACUCCAGUCGAGCCGAUCUGGCCGGCGGAGCACUCUCCCUCUCCUCUCAAGCAGCAGUCAGUGCGGUCAACUGCAGCCUCCUACACAGCACGGCCAGCAGCGGCGGUGCGAUCAUCGUAGAAGACUUUGGACGGCUCAGAUUGCACCGCUCUGAGUGCUCUCACAACCAGGCGCCAUCCGGGGGAGGCUGCAUCUCCCUGGGUGACUUCUCCACCGCUACUGUCACCUCGUGUAACAUCACAUUCAACGAGGGGGGCAACGAGGGGGGAGCGCUGCGAAUGUCAGGGCAGACGCUCCUCUCCCUCUCCGCCUCCCUCCUUGCCAACAACUCCGCCCUGGACGGUGGCGCCCUGUGGACGGAAAUGGACGCCCGGGUGCAAAUCACCGGCACCGUUGUCGCGGGCAACACGGCCAAGGUGCAGGGGGGGGGCGUCUACUGCAUCCACCAGUCCAACCUCUCGGUUUCAGACUCGCAGUUUGUGGAGAACCGGGCUCUGGGUAACACGGCGCCCAGAAGGCUGAGGCUAGGCUCGGCUUUCUUCGACGCCACGUUUGACCCCUCCGCGCGGUCCACCUGCACCAGAUGCCGGCGGAAAGACCCCAGAGACACCAUGGGGUCGCCGCCCACCACUUUUAAGAUGCACUGGCCUGGGUCUGAUCAAGUGGACGGUGGGGGGACGGCGGUGUACCGAGUGCGGGGAGACAUGGCCAACCCGGUGGCUGGGCUGCAGGUCACCGUGCUCGAUGCGGCCGGGCUCGUUGCUUCCAAUGACAACUCAGCUCUAGUGGAGGUCGUUCCCAGUGCAUUUAUUGCGGGUGAGCUCAGAGCAACAGCCAUGUCCGGCGCAGUGACAAUGCCACCCAUAACCAUCGUCGAUAUCCCACAGCCUGGUAACCCCUCUCCUGUUGCUGCUGCUGCUUCUGUUACACUGACUGGUAACCCUACGGCUGCUGCGUUUGGUGCACUGCCUGGUAACCAAACUGCUGCUGCCGCUGCUUUCGCUCCCAACGCCAGUGCCGGCACGCCAGCUGGCGUGCUCUGGUUAGCUGUCGCAGUCACCAGUCCUCUCAACGCAUUCCCACCCUUUGAGCGCACCCUCGAGAUCGUUUUCUGCCCGGCCGGGCAGUAUUACAAAACAGCAGCAAGUGGAACCAACAGCAGCAGCAGCAGCAGCAGCAGCAGCAGCAGCAGCACCACCACCACCACCAACAACAGUACCAGCAGCAGCAGCAGCAGCAGCAGCAGCAGCAGUGACCCCACCAACCCCCCUGUGCCUCCCACAACUACCCCUGGAAGCCCAAUGCUCUGUGCCACGUGCCCCGUUGGCAGCUACUGCGGGCUCGGUAGGGGCGCCCAGCACUGCCCAGAUGGCACCUUCUCCUUCCGCCCAGGUGCCACCUCCCCCAGUGACUGCCUCCCCUGCCCGAACACCACCAACGCCAGAACGAACCUCCCUGCCAUGUCGUGUUCCGAUGGCGUUGCUGACGUGGCGGAGGGGUAUUGGCUGGACCCAGGGAGUGUGGGGAAGGGGGCGGUGCUCUUUCCUCUCUUCCUCACGCUCAUCAUCCUGGCAUGGGUCGCCAUGGCCGUCCUCUCAGCCUCAUUUCACGCGGCGGCCAUUUUCCUCUCGGAGCUGCAGCUGUUGGCGCUCAUCGCGUCGUACAACGUGCCCUUCCCCGCCUGGCUGCGCCCCUUCAUCCAACUCUUCAACCUCGCGCUCUUUGCCCCGGACGUGAUAGCACCGGCAUGCGCCACCUCCUUUGGCUAUGUGCAGGAGUGGGCUGUCACCAUGCUCGUCCCCCUUAUAGGCCUCCUCGCUUACGCCACACUCUUUGCCCAGCGAAAGCUCUACCUGUACCUUGUGAAAUGCCCAACCACUGCUGAUGCAGUUACCGCCCCCACUUCUGGAUCUGCUGCUGCUGCUGCUGCUGCUACUGCUGCUGCUGCUGCUGCUGCUGCUGCUACUGCUGCUGCUGCUGCUGCUGCUACCUCUGCUGAUGCUGCCGCUUCUGCUGUCCUUUCCACUGCUGCAGUUGCAGAUGCUGCUGCUGCUGCUGCUACUGCUACCGCCGCUGCCAGCAACACAGAAACAGACACUACUGCAUCCCCUAACCAUCCCCCCUCCUCCAACCACCCUCACAACCACCCAUCCACCAACAAGCGCCUCCCCUCUCAUACCCCCUCCGACCCCUUCAACUACACCCUAGUUCACGGGGUAACCAACUGGUUAGACCUGUGCUACGCACCCGUUGCCUACCGCUGCCUGCAAGCGCUCCACCCAUACUUCUACGGGGUAGAGACGCUUGCUGCCGCCCCGUCGAUCCUCUGGUUCUCUGCCGCCCAUAGCACCAUGUUUGCUGUGGCUGUGGUGGCUCUGCUGCUGUGGCACCUCACCUGCUACGUCCGCCGCCUGCUCAUCGCCAGCCUGGCAGUCUUCGCCUCCACGUCCCCCGAGGCGCAGCUGUCCGCCACGCUGCCCCUGCAGGCGGUGCGCAUCGGGCUGCAGUACGGCGCCUCGCCCUUCGCCUCACUCUCGCUGGACCUGCUCUCGUCGCUGCUGGCCCUCUCAGAGUUCCUCUUCACCCUCGCCAUGACCGGGGAGAAUUACAUCAAGCUCUCCGCCGCCGCCACCGCGCUCUUUGUGAUCGCGCUCCUGCUGCUGCUGCUGCCUGCGCUGCUGGUGCUGUUGUAUGAAGUGGUAAAUGGUUACAUUGCCGCGUGUAACCGCAGGGAAUUGGUGAGGCUGGAGGGCGGAGGGAGAGGCGGGAGCCCAGGCGUUGCCUUGCUGUUGGAGGGGUCUGCAGGGCCUCAUGCCUCGUCUGAAGCCACGACUGGAGGGGCAUCUACAGCCGCACCUCAAGGGGCGUCUGCAGGCACGCCUGAAGGGGCAGGUCCUGAUGAAAGGGAGGGGCUUGAUGUGGGGGAUGUGGCUGACUGGUUCAGACCCCAUGUGCUCUAUGCCUUCCUUCACCACUCCAACAACACUGCUGCUGCUGCUAGUGCUGGAGCAGCAGCAGCACAACCAGCAGCCACCUCAACAUCACCACCAGCACCAGCACCAUCAUUUCAGCAGCAGCACCCUGCACGCCUCCUCCUCACCAUCCACCGCCGCUUCCACCUCUGCCAGUCAAAGGGCCUGGGCGGCACCGACUGGACGCGGCACCUGUCCAAGUCGCAGCUGUACGCCGUGCUCUCACAGGCGCUGCUGGGUGCCGCCGUGGGGGACGUCACCGUCGCCACCCUGCCCGCUAGGACUGGCACAGACCGGGCCAGAGCUUCCCUGUCGCAUCAACAGCAGCAGCAUCAGCAGCAGCAGCAGCAGCAGCAGCAGCAGCGGCAGCAGCAGUUACGAGUGGCAGCAGCAGCGGCGGACAUAGGCGGGGUGGGGUCCACGAGCGGGCGGCGCAGCAACAUCAGUGUUCUGGUUCGCAGCCUGUCCAAGCGAGAGGGGCUGCCAGUGGCUGAUCCGCUCUCCAUGUCUCGAAGCAGCUCCAGGCACGAGCUGCCAGCAGCAGGAGUAGGAGGAGUGGGAGCAGCAGUGGUAGGCGAAGGGGCAAUCAUCGGUGCCGGGUUGCUGGUGCACAGUGCGUCCUCCUCAAGGGACUUGGCUGCAGACCCGCCAGUCUGGGCGUCCGCCAUCGGGGCAUACGGCCUCUCCAGGAGCGCCUCCCGCCGCGAGAUCGUACCGGACUCACCACGGGCAGUGGGAGGCGUGGGAGCAGCGGGGUCAGGGACAGGCUUAGGAGGAAAUCUGGGAGCAGUGUUGGCAGCAGGAGUGCCGGGAACGCCCGUGGCGCGGCAGGGGUCUCGCCGGGACUUUGUGCCCGACUCGCCCCUCGCCAUCUCCAGAAGCGCCUCCCACCAUGCUGCACUCGCAGACUCUCCCACCACUGCUGUUCUCUCCGCCUCCCCCUCAGCACAAGCCCUACCUGGCCUUGGCGGCUCAGGUGGUUUGGGCGCCUUGGGCGGCUACUCCCUCUCCCGCAGCAGCUCCCGCCGCGACCCUCCAGGUGCACUCUCAGGUGAAUUCUCAGGUGCUCUCCCAGUGGUGCGGCAGUCCAUCUCCCGCAGCUCCUCGCGGCGGGAGAUCGUAUCGGAGAUCGAGGGCGAGCUGGCCGCCACGGGCCUCCCAGGGUCGCUGUCGCGCUCCCUCUCCCGGUCUCUUUCCAGGAGUGCGUCGCGGCGCGAGCGGUGGAAUGAUGGCAGCAGCAGCUUUGGGGGGGGGCUGGUGGAGGCUGAGGUUGUUACGAGGGCCGAGUGGCCUCCGCAGCUCGAGGACCAUGUCACCUGGGCCGCUGCUGCUGGGGGUGCUGGGGGUGCUGGGGGGGAUGGGGGUGCUGGGGGUGCUGGGUGUGCUGGGGGUGCUGCUGUUUCUGACAGGGGCACUGAAGGUGCUCGAGAGCGGAGCAGCAGCAGGGUUGGCAGCGGCUGUGGCAGCAGCAAUGGCUCGCCUCCUCCUCCUCCUGCUUCGUCCACCCCUUCCACGGCCACCAAUGCAGCUGCUGCUGCUGCUGCUACUGACUCAUCACCAGUUGAUGCUGACUCAUCACCAGUUGAAGCUGACUCAUCGCCAGUUGAAGCUGACUCAGCGCUACAUGCACCCUCUCCAUCCCGGCCAGCACCUGCUUCCGUUGCGAGCAGCACAGGGCCCAGUGAGGCAGCUCUGCACGGCACAUCACCCUCAUUACGAGUGGGUUUAUGGCCACGGUCAGAUGCUGCACCAGCAGCAGCACCGGAUACAACAGCAGCAACAGCACUAGGAACACCACCAGAACUGGGAACAGCUGGUGCAACAGCAGCAGUAGCAACAACAACAUCAGCAGCAGCAGCAGGAGCAGCAGCAGGGGCAGGGGAGCCGGGAGGAAGGGGGGAGGCGGAGUACGUGGAGGCGCGGCUGGGCGUGGCGGAGCUGACUCUGACGUUUCAGCGGCACCUGGCCAUUCUGGUGCGCGUGGAGGCGCACCGCAGGGAGGACUCGCUGCGCCUGCUGCUGCACUCCCACGCCGUGCAGGACGUCAUCGCCUGGCUCACCUCCCCGCACUGCAUGCCGGAAGAUCAGAGGCUUGUGUUGGAUCUGGUCAGAUUGAUGAGAGAGGCAGCAGAGGAAGAGGCGGGGGGGUUGCAGUGGUACUGGGGCUUCCUUUGCUUCUUCCGCACGCACAGAAUGUUUAGUGGUGUUUAUUGAGCUGUAAUUUGAUGUACGCAUGUACCGGUACGUACUAAGCCUGUUUAAUCACU